CUUUGUGUUUAAUCGGAAUUAGCUUCUGACAGAGCUUUUGUUUUUUAAAAAAAUAAAAAUGUGAGUGUCAUAAUUAUAUGCACAGUAACUAAGUGCAGUGAUUUUCUUUUGGAAACAUGUAGGUGAAGAAAAAUUUGAUAAACCUGAACAGCCCUAAAGUAGGGAGAAUAAAUAUGAGGACAUCAACAGAGAAUCCAGAAUGUGGUAGGAUUGCGCAGAGAAAGAAAAAACUUCCAAUAGAGGGAAUCCUAUACUCUUAUCAAAUGAAAAAGGUGGCCCAAAGUUUUCUCCGAGGCCAAAAGAAGAAAAGACCCACCCACUCUAAAGAAAUUGAGAAUUGGACAAACUGAGAAAAACCUUUAGUUUGUUCCCUUUCAGGAUUAAAUGCAUUUAUGGAAAAAGAAAAAUUGGAUGGUAAUAGAAUACUGUAAUGCUGCAAUGGAUUCCUCAGCGGAAAACAGUAUGUACGUAAACAAAUUGUGGGUUCAGUGUGAGUAUGAAAGCUGUUUGAAGUGGAGAUUGUUGUCAAGUGAGGAUGCAGCCAGAGUUGAUCACAAUAAACCAUGGUACUGCUUCAUGAACACUGAUUCAAGAUACAAUAAGUGCUCUGUUGCUGAAGAAGACUUUCCUGAAGAGUCUCAGCUUCAUCAAAGUGGAUUUAAGAUUGUCUAUUCACAACUCCCUCUUGGAAGUCUGGUUUUGGUAAAAUUACAGAAUUGGCCAAGCUGGCCAGGGAUACUUUGCCCAGAUCCUUUUAAAGGGAAAUAUGUGACCUAUGACCUGGAUGGAAAUGUUGAACAGUAUCACAUAGAAUUCCUGGGUGAUCCCCAUUCAAGAUCAUGGAUAAAUGCAACAUUUGUUGGACAUUAUAGUAUCACAUUAAAGCUAGGAACAUGUACAAAGAAAAAGAAAUGGUAUAAAAGUGCACUACAAGAAGCAUACCUUCUCUAUGGACAUUCUCACGAGCGAAGACUGGAAGUGUGCCGCCUAUCCAAACAGGAUAAAUCCAAAGCAGAUGGCAAAGUUGCUGUGGUAGCCAAGAAAAGGAUGCAAGUUUCCAGAAACACUACUGGCAAAAAGAAACCAAAAUUUAGAAGAAGGAUAAGGAAACCUAUUUUAAAAUGCUCUUUCGAAAAUGUUUGUUCAGAUGACGCCAUGUCAAAGGAAAAUGUGGUUGUCUCUGAGACAGAAGUUUUACUAAAAGAGCUGGAGCAAAUGCUACAGCAGGCACUAGAGCCCACAGGAGCGCCUGAUGAGUCUGAAGAGGAGCGUGGAGAAGAAGUGAAUACAGGAGAAAAGUUAUCUGAAUGCAGCCCUGAAGUUCCUGCAGGCGGCCCAUUUGAAAACCACUAUGAAGAAGACUGUCUUAUAAUUGAUGGGAUAAAAUUAAAAGCUGGAGAAUGUAUUGAAAACAUAACUAACAAGUUUAAAGAAAUAGAUGCUCUAAUGUCUGAAUUUUAAGGUAUUAUUAAUAUUUUCAAAAGUUAAUUAUAAAAAGUUACGUGUUUAUAUUUUUCCAAAGUCAAAAACUUGAAAACAUGUAGGGAGAUAGGUAUAUGUUAUACCAAAGCUGCUAUUUGUAACAACUUCCUGUUUUAUGCUUUUAGAAUAUCCAUUGUUUUGAGAGCCAAUCAAAUGGUCUUCAAGUUAGUGUUAAGAUUUAAGAUUUAAAAAAACAAUUUAGCAUUUAAGAAACCCUGAUAUUUGUAUUUGUAGAUUUUUUUUCUUGUUUGCCUUAAUUUUAAAAUGGUUUAUGAAACUUACUGUGCAAAUACGUGCUUUACAAUGAUUAUUUAGGCCCUUUAUUCAAAUGUGGCUAUUUAGAUGGCUGUCAAGGCUAUUAUAAUUCUUCCAUAUAAUUCAAGCAUAGUAGAGAUUGAGUAUGUGUAUUGGUAGUGGAAUUAAGCUACUAUAAAAUAAAAGGAAAUAAUAAAAAAAAUUAUUGUAUAUUAGAGUUGGGGUUCUUCUCAAAGGUGUCAGUUGCCUUAUACUGGAAAUAAUCAUUUCAACCAUGAUUCCAAAACCUGAUUAAGUGGAGGUGGGAGGCUGUGGAAGAUCAGAAUCCUGGAUGCUUCCCUAUUAAAUCAGUAUCUCUGAAGGUGAGGAUGGGAAACAUAGUGAAAAAUAUAAGAUUAAGUUAAGCAUACUCACAAUAAAAAAAUUCUCAGCAUUAUAGGACAGCAAAAAGUACAUCCUACAAUACCACUCCCUUAACGCCUCCCUGAAACCCCAUUCCAUAGGGAUUCCCAUGAGCAGUUUCAGGGGGUGUCCUUCCACAUAAGUGUUCUAACGCACAUCCAUCUCCAGUACCCACUCUCGCUCUCUCUCCAUGUCUCUCUUGGGAGUAUGGGAUCAGGGAAAGGGCAUUCCAAGCACAUCGCAACAGAAAACAAAGCUUGAAGAGAGAAGAGAAAGCAAUUCAGCAUCUUGGACCUAUUGCUAGUUGAAUUAGCUGGAGUAACCACAUGCUGGUGUGAAGGUAGCCACAGCAGAUGAGUAGCACUGUGUACACAGGCUAAGGAACGUGUACCUGUAGGGGCCAAGUGAAGAGUUUUAGACCGUAGAGUCCCUUUUACAUUUCAGAAAGAUCACACCAGCAGCAACACAGAGAAUGGAGUGAGCAAGAGAACACUGGAGACGGGGCUCCUUGUUAGGAGGCUGCUUGGGAAAUCCAGUUGCAGGAUUAUGCGAACCUGAAUAUGGUGGUGCUAUAUGGAGAGAGCAGAAUGGUUUCCAGCUGCAUUAACAUCAAUGAAUGGAUUAUUAGGAUUUUGAGAAUGGAAAUAGGCAUGCGACAGUAGGGGGGAGGUGGGGUCGACUUCAGGGUUCUUGUAUUCACAGUGCUGUUCACCGAAGGUCAGAAUAGGUGCAGAUUAGAAGCGUGGGGCAGAUACCAAGUUUGGGGCUAAACUGUGUGAGUUCAGCAAAGGUUCGAAACUCUUCGUGCUUUGACAGAGCCUGCCUUUCAGAACCACGCCAUGAGCCAGAGUGACUAUGACUACUCUCUCACUGCAUCAUAUUUACUUCUAAAUGGUAUCAAACAGUGGAAACUAAGGCUUCCUCUUUUUCUUCUAACAGAAUUUACUCCAUAGCCUUUCAGAAAAACUUUGCCUCUUUGUCUCGCCGCUAUGAUUUUAUAUUCACAGCCUACAAAAUGUCUCAAGAAGUAAUCGAUCCCAUUUUCCUGUUACUUCUUAGAAUCAACAAUAAAAUGACUACAAUUGUAUUUGAAAGACUUUACCCACAAUUCGAGUGUUUGAUCUAAGCCCCCAGGUGGUAGACUAAUUAGAUCACUUGCAGCUAAUUCCUGUUGGUGGAAUAGCCAGUGCUCUUCCAAGUUAGAUAGAGUCCAUGGGUAAGACACUGAAAUUUCCAGACUGAAUUCAUCUCUGCCAUGUUCUAAGCUGCAGAAGUCCGGAAUUUCCACUGAAGUCUUUGUGCACUUGGGCAGUUCAAAUUGGUCCUGAGGACAAACAUUUGGGUUGGCUCUGUCUGCAGAGGAAACUUCAAUCUCCUUCCAAGAAGAGGCUCUUAGGGAAAAGGCCUUUUCCAAGAAGAGGACAGAGGGGAGCCUCUGUCCAUGUGAGAAUAUAGCCUUUCAAAUUUCCAGAUAGAAUGUGCUCAGGAAAACGGAUGAAGGAGCAGUCAACUAACAUCUCUGUCCUCAAGGCUGAGAAUCCUGCCUGGCUGGCAAACCCUACCUGCUGGUAAAGACCCCAUGUUCAGGGCAGGCCGCUCAACAUACACCAGGGCAUAGCAGUGGGACUGUGGAAACACGAUGCCUGCCUUCAGGUCCUGGUACUGCCGACGACUCAUUGGGAGACCUGAGGCAAGUCACUUAACUUCUCUGAGCCAGGGCUUUUUUCCAUCUAUAGAGUAGAAGUUGCUGUGAAAGGAAAUGUAUGAAUAGACAUAAAAUGCAUAGAGCAAUCUUAACACACAGAAAACUAUGCAAGUCAUGACCAUGAUGUUGUCUCAAAAGCAUUUCUCUUCUGACUGCCUCUGCCUGGUUAUCCUAGGCCUAAAGCCUAAAGCCUAAAUGUGCUUCUUUCAGCAGAACCUGAGGUGAUACACCUGCUUCUGGGGGACUGGGGCCAAAGACUUCUCUGACUAUGCUGACUCCCAGGGCAGGCCUGGAGGUGGACAGUACCCUGCCUCUAUAGCUAGGGCCUCCUGCUAGGCCCAGAGGAGGACAUUAUAAGGAAAUUGUAUCUGCUCAUCAAGGGAGAUUAAAUUCUAAGCACACUAGUUAUACCAAGUUUGAUAUGGGAGCUAUAAAGCAAUAUGUUAGGACCUUCUGCCUGAGCCUUUGGGUUGGAAUAAGACCUCCUCUUUGUCUAGUUUGAGGAGUGGCUGACUAAUCCUCUUUGCAAUGAAUUGACCAGCUAGUCUGUAGCCUCCAUGAACCUAUGGAAGGGCUGGGUCCACCAGAAGCUGAGUCCCCACUUAGAUCUACAGACUGUGGAAAGUUAAACACCAAAGCCAACUCUGUUGCCCUAUAUUCUAGGAAGUCCUGGUCCAUUUGCCUCAUGCAGAAGCUGAAUUUAUGCAGGUAUUUCCAGCGGUAAGAAGCUUAGCUCUAUCUUUAGUGGAGACAGGCUACGUAUUUUGACUUGUUGCCACCAGUGGGAUAAAGAGAGGAGUGCACCCUUGCACUUGCAAAAGUCUGUAGUGUCUACAGCCUUGAAUUUCCUGGCUCUGCAGUGGAGGGUGAUGAGUCACAGAUAGUUAAUAUGUCCACUAAUAGACCUAAGCACUAUCAUAAACUAUCUAGAGGCUUUGUGGAAAAAAAUUGGCAGUUAGCUCUUUUUGGAGGAAACUUUUAUUCAUGAAAACUGAAGUGAACUGUGUAUUGCUUUUCAUGGAACGAAACCAUUCUAUAACCUAAUGCCUCUACCAAAUAGCUGGCAUUCCAUAACUCCACCACUUAUUGGGGUUAAGAAUUGGUAUAGUUCUGUUCCAGAUACUUCCAGACCAGUAGAAUUUGCAUCUGUGGGCAUUCCAAGGGACAAAGGUAAGAUUUUGAAAAUCCAAAAUAGAAAUAUCCAAAUCCUGCUCUAUUAUUUCUUCCUCUGUAUGGUUCCAAGAAGAGGUCUAAACAUAGUGCAAUUAAAAAAUUCUAAGUUCUUUUUUAGGGCUGAGCCAACUCUUGCUGUCACUUAGUAGAAUUCUGAAAGAGUUGUUUAGUAAAGACAAAUUUGACGUUAAGGUCCAAGUGGGAUAUUCUAUGUACGCAAAUCUAAAUACUAGGAUUUUCCCACCCACUGAGUGGUUGCAUGGUAUAGGCAUGCAGAGUAGUGAGCAGCAAAUGAAAGGGUAGGGGAGAGAGGAGAAACUUGUUUCCAAGAAAAAUUCUGAAAGAAUGAGUUGUUUUCUUUUAAAUGCAUAUAGGAAAAUACUAUGAGAAAGGAGAUAUGCUCAGAACCAAACAAAAUAAAACGCAGUUUGCAAGCAGCCCAGAAGUUGCUGCGUUAAAAAAUAAAACUUUUUAAUCUUCAGCCUCUCCAACCAGAAAAAGAUUCUCAAAUUAAAAUGUAGCCUGGGGACAGUGAUCAAGUCCAGGGGUUGGUUGUUGAAUCACAUAAAGAGAGACAAAGACCAAAUCUAGGGGGCUUGCAGGAAAACAUGGCCUCAGGGUAAGGACCCAAUCAGGGGUGUGGCUAAUAAUAUUACAAACUAUUACAAAAUGACUUUUAAACCUCCUGCAAAGCUGAAAGGUAUAGUAGUGCAGCCACCUGACAUGCCCAAAGUGCUAGUAAUUAAAUCUGGAGAGAAAAGCCUGUCUUGAAAAUAACUGUGGUUUUGACACAUAGAAUGGACUAGAAUCAAAUACAUAGAAAACCCACUAAGUUGUAGAAAAACUGACACCACCUUAAGUACUAAUAGCCUGAACUAAAUGAGACUGAAACUGUUUGAGAGGGGAAAAAAGACCCCUGAGCCCCGUUUUCUAUGUAGGAAAUGGGCUAGGAAAACUUAGCCACCCAAAAGAAGUAGAAGUUUCAGUGUCCUCUUCAGAAGCAAAUGAGGAAGAUGAUGGAAAAGGAAGUCUCAGAGGACAGAGCUAGGAGCUGUAGAGAACAAUGGACCAAAGAUCCUCCUCCUACACUACCAGACUCCACCCCACCCCCAGCUCACCUUCCCUUCCCCUGGGAGCAGGACCAAGGUCUGAUGAAGAAACAUAUCCUCCUCCUUUGGCAGGGAAACUUGGCUAAUUUGCCUAGAAGGAUUUCAGAAUCACUAAGGAACAAGUUUCUUCAUUUUGAAUGAGGUGUUUACUGUGAUUUUCCUGUCUCUGUUAUACCAAUGCAUAUUGUGUGGGUGUGGAAAGGGGAUGGGGCCUGUGAUUUGUCUUCUCAGUUUAUAGGUCCAAUUCAUAUCUGGACCAGAUGUAAAUCAUGAAGUCCUAAAUGUUGAGCCUGAUACAUGAUUGGGUGAGACUUGUGGUGUCCUUUGAUGGGGAUGGGCUGUUUUCAUAUUGGAGAGAUGUGAAUAAUGUAGCCAAGCAGGUGGACAGUCAUUGAUUGAGUUCCUGAUCCAAGUUCUUUGUAUCUCCCUGCAUUGUAUAAUUAUCAUGGCUCUAUCACAGACAGAGUGUAACUACUACCGGGCCUUGUGACUUUGCACUUGGCCUCCUGCUCUGAUCCAUGAAAUAGAGCUGAAGUGAUGGGGCCAAUUCAUAGUCAAGGCCUUAAGAGGCUUUUGGUGUUUCUUCUUUACCUCUUGUACCUCUGCCAUUGUCUUGAAAAGAACAUGCUGUGACAAGCCCUCUAAUUCAAGGAGGAUGAAAGUCCCGGGAGAAGACCCAGACCCAGAGACUUGCAGAAUGAAGCAGAGCUGCAGGUCCAGAAUAGAAUACAGUAUUAUUGUUUUUAGCUACUGAGUUUUGGGGUUGUUUGUUACAGAGCAUUUUUGUGGCAGUAGUUAACUUAUAUACUUGAUUUCUUGGUUCCAGCAACAGUUUCACUGGUUGGGUGUGGUGGCAGCUUUCCAGCUGUGGCAGCUUUCCAGCUGUAUCUGACCCAUGGGUUGUUUUCUCCUUAGGGUGGAGCUUCUAUCAAAAUAGCCCUGUCUCCUGGGUUGGACCCAGCUUGCUAGCCCAACGCCUGCCCAGUGACCCUUCCAGCUUUUUGUUUUUGGAUCAGGCCCAGAUGGGCUCUUCAACUGAUGGGGCUUAGCCCAUUCCCUGCCCAGCCUCAGGUUGCUUUAUCACAGAGGCAGCAUAUAUAGAGAUAUUAUAAGUUAAUAGGAUACCAGCACCACCAAAAUAUCACGAAGGGUUCAUAAGAGUGGGUCACUUCUUUUUUAAGUAUUUUUAGACUCUAUAAUAAUUACAAAAGGUAGAUAGGCCCAUAAUGGUGAAAUGUCUCAUUUGGCCAAAAAAGAAAAAAAAGUGUGCAUAUGUUUCCAUCCCCUUUCUGUUCCUCAAGUCUUCCAAGUCUUCCUUACCCUUUUGGUAUUGUAUCAAAGGAUUUUAAGUUGCUAAAUCUAGUUUUGGGUUCAGAUUUUACCAACUUGCCUAAGUCACAUGACCAAUAAAUGGAAAGGCCAGAAUUUGAGUACAUUUCUGUUUGUUCAGAUCCCAUUCCCUUUAUAACUGUCUAUACUGUUUAAUGAUGUGGUUACUAGGUGGGUGGUGGAAUGAUCAUCUAGUUUCCUCCUAUGUAAAAUGAGGAUGGAACUAUCUAAACAAAAGCAUUGUUGUGAGGAAUAAAUGAGAUUUUAUGUGAAAAUGCUCUGUAAAUCAACUUUAUCUUCUAUUUAUUCUUUCUGAAGGAAACUGAGUAUGUGCUUAAGUACACUGCAAUUAAUUAUUACUGAGAUAAAAUGUAAUUAUGCAUUUGAAAUGA